GAAAGGCAGAAGCACAUGGAGGAAGGGAAUAUCCUGGAUUUGCAGCAGAGGAAGGACGAGGAACGCCGGAAGAUCCGAGAGGAGAAGGCGCGCCUGGCCCGACGUGCUGCCAUCCAGGAGCUGCACCAGAAAAGGGCCCAAAAGGCUUUGGACACAAAGUGCUUGGCAGAAGAAGAGCUUGCGCUGGUGAAGGAGAGCAGAAGGGUAGCAAAGAAGAAGCCGGCCAAACCUGCUUCUGCAAGGAACGUCAGCCCAGCCAGCAGUGUCACCAAAGCCAACAAUGCUGGUGAGUCCCUUCUGCAGGUCUCGAUGCUUUGGAGCAGUGUGUGAGUGAGGGGGAAGGAGGAGGAUGGAGGAGCAGCUCUCCAGGAGCAAUUUCGAAGGGGCUGCUUGUUGCAAGUGCCUGAGAACAGUCUGGUUCCUGCAGAGGCCAAUUUCCACUCAGGAGCUGCAGAGCCAGAAGAAAGCAGCCUCACAGACCUUGUCCCCCUGCCCUUGCAGGACCCUGGGGCAGAGGAGAAGCUGCAGGACGUGAGCUCCAGGGAGCUGGGUGCUGAGGACCUGGAGACAGUGGUGACUGCUGCCAGCAGGUCUCAGUCCAAAGUCACUCUCAAUGAGCUGCUGGACACGCUCAGGCUGUUGGAGGAAGAGCCCGAGCUGCUGCCCCCACCGAAGCUCUUCAAGAAGGACAGAUACGCCUGGGCAGACGGGGAGCCCAGCUCCAAUUCCCUGACUGCGGAUAACCUGGAGAAGUUUGGGAAGCUGAACCACUCCCCGGGGGUCCCCGAGGAUGGGGCCCUGCUCUCGGAGGCCAAGCUCCAAAGCAUCAUCAGCUUCCUGGAUGAGAUGGAGAAGUCGGAGCAGGAGAGGCCCAGGUCGGCUGCCUCGGCCACGCAGCGGGAGGUGAGCACUGAAGCAAGAGCCCAUCUCUCCAUCAUGAGGCUGAAGCUGGAAGUGGAGGAGAAGAAGCGAGCCGUCAGCCUGCUGCAGACCGCCCUGGCUCAGCAGAGGGAACUGACUGUCCAGCACGUCAAACAGACUGAGAAGGAGCUUGGCCACCAGCUCAGGCUGCAGAGGGAACAGUAUGAGGCAGCUAUCCAGAGGCAUCUGGCCUUCAUCGACCAGCUCAUUGAAGAUAAGAAGGUGCUGAGUGAGAAGUGUGAGGCCGUGGUAGCUGAGCUGAAACAAGUGGACCAGAAGUACAGCAAGAAGAUCACCCAGAUGCAGGAGCAGCACGAGCUGGAGAUUAAGAAGCUGAAGGAACUGAUGAGCGCAACCGAGAAGAUCAGGCGGGAGAAAUGGAUCGAUGAGAAAACCAAAAAGAUCAAAGAAAUCACUGUGAAAG